AUGGCUUCUGCAACCCAUUCCUUCCUCUUCUCAUACCUCCUAGUUGCAUGUCUAGUUUCAACCUCACAGGCAAACUGGGGAGGCUCCCGCUCCGGCUCCGGCCACGGCAAUGGCAACGACAAUUUAUCUGGAUAUUCAGAAAAGAAAAUCAUGAACAAAAUUGACAGUUGCUGGCGCUUGAAUUCUAACUGGGCAUCCAAUCGGCGUGCCUUGGCAGAUUGCGCCACAGGCUUUGGUGAGGGAGCGAUUGGAGGAAAAUACGGAAACACUUACGUAGUUACCACUGAAGCAGAUGAUCCAAUCAAUCCUAAGCCGGGCACACUUCGGUAUGGUGCAAUCCAAACAGAGCCUCUAUGGAUAAUAUUUGAUAGGGAUAUGGUCAUUAAGCUACAGAAUGAGCUUAUGGUGAACAGUUACAAGACAAUAGAUGGGAGAGGAGCUAAGGUGGAGAUAGCUUAUGGACCUUGCAUCACAGUCCAAGGUGUGAGUCAUGUUAUAAUACAUGGAAUUAGUGUACAUGAUUGUAUACCUGGGAAGCCAGGGAUGGUGCGUAGCUCCCCAACACAUGUCGGCCAACGACUUGGGUCCGAUGGUGACGCCAUUACUGUUUUUGCUUCUUCGAACGUAUGGAUUGACCACUGCUAUCUCGCACGAUGUGCUGAUGGCCUCACUGAUGUAACUCAUGGUUCAACAGCAGUCACCAUCUCCAAUAACUACUUCACCCAACACAACAAAGUGAUGCUGUUGGGACACAAUGAUGCUUUUACCGCGGACAAGGAUUUGAAAGUUACUGUGGCCUUUAACUAUUUUGGCCGGGGUUGUGUGCAGAGGAUGCCAAGGGUCAGGUUAGGGUAUGCCCAUGUAGUGAACAAUAGAUACGAUCAAUGGCUACUGUAUGCUGUCGGUGGGAGCGCCGAUCCAACAAUCUUUAGCCAAGGAAACUACUUUGUCGCGUCCAACAGUACCGAUUUUAAACAGGUGACUAAAAGAGACUGUGAAUGUGGGUGGGUGAAUUGGAAAUGGAGAUCUUCAAAUGAUGUAUUUCUGAAUGGAGCUUAUUUUGUUCAAUCUGGGUAUGGGACAUGUUCCCCACAAUAUGUCGAUUACCAGUCGUUCACAGCUGCACCGGCAUUCAUGGUUCCUGCCUUAACAGCUGAUGCUGGUCCCCUCAUCCUCUGUGUUCCAGGACAACCAUGCUAA